GCUAAAUGAAAAUCUGAAUUACACCCGUUCGAUCUCUAUCUUUUUGAAGGCCAGAGCCAUUGUUCCCAUAGCAGGUUCCUUAAUUAGGGGUGAGGAAAAUGGAGAGAAAAGAGCGAAAGAUAAUGGUGGGUGUGGAUGAGAGCGAGGAGAGCAUGUUUGCACUGUCCUGGUGUAUCACCAACCUUAUUGCCGAUACCCCCAACGUUAAACUAGUGCUCCUCUAUGUCAAGCCACCUCCUCCUGUUCACUCCUUCAAUGUUGCAUGGUAUUCCAGUCAUGCUAUCUUAGCUAUGGAACAACACGGCAAGGAUUUGGCUAAUUCAGUAAUGGAAAGAGCUGAAGCCAUUUGCAAGGACUUCAAAACCACAAAUAUGAAAAAGGAGAGAGUAGUUGGGUGCGGAGAUGCCAAGGAUGUGAUAUGCAGUGCAGUUCAGAAACUUGAGGCUGAUACCUUGGUCUUGGGAACUCAUGGUUAUGGAUUUUUUAAGAGGGCACUUAUUGGAAGUGUAAGUGAUUAUUGUGCCAAGCAUGCAGAGUGUACUGUUGUAGUCGUGAAGCAACCAUGUCCAUAAGAUCAGGAAUUCUCCUUUUCUUAUUAUCCUCUUCCACACAGGAAGCAGAUAGCAGGACAUAUCAUAACAUUCUCGGGGGCGUUCACUCUUGUCCCUUACAAAUUAGAUAGCUUGUUUUUUCUAUACAUAUAUGUUAGAACAAAUGAAAGUUUGAAAAAAAAAAGAAAGGAAAAAAAAAGAAAAAAAAAAACUUCAAGUCCUA